CCGGGAGGUGACAGCCGGCCCUGUGGGCUCCCUGGGAGGAGCCUCUCCUGAGUCCUCCCCCCCACCCCUGGAAGCCAGGGAAGGCAAACCCCACCCAGACAAUUGGCCCCACCUCCUGGAGGAGGGAGGUGUCAGGAUAGUCCCCAGGAAGCAAGGGGCCUUUCUGUGUUUCCAGGAGUGGGUCUGGCCUUGCACUGUCUUUGGGGGACAGUGUGGUAGCAGAGGCUCCCCACCUCCUUUCUGCAAGCCCCUCAAGGCUGGAGACCUGGGUGGGGCCAGGGCCGCUGCCCAGCACCCACCCACGCUGCCACAGGCCUGUCUGCUGGGGCCCCGGGGCUGACAUGGCUCCCCCCAAACCAAACUGGGGUCUGAGUCCAGCUGGGAGUCCGCUGGUCCAGCUAGGGGGCGUCAGCUUGGCACGCCCAUCCAGCCCAUGUGGAAUACUCCCGGCAUACGUGCCCACUGAGGGCAGAGCGAGGCCGUGAAGUGGAAUCCAGUCCUGUGUCCAUGGAGCACACCCCCGAGGGAGCGCGUAACUUCGACCCCAGGGACGCGUGGAUGCUCUUCAUCAGGCAGAGUGACAAAGGUGUCAACAGCAAGAGGGGAGGCAGAGGCAGGGCCAGGAAGCUGAAGCUUGGCCUGCCGGGGCCCCCAGGGCCCCCUGGCCCCCAGGGUCCCCCUGGCCCCAUCAUCUCACCUGAGGUACUGCUGAAGGAGUUCCAGCUGCUGCUGAAAGCGCUCGCCGAGCAGCCCAGGCGGGGGCCGCCGCGACCCCGGGACCGCCUGCGCCUGCUCAUCUGCAUCCAGUCCCGGUGCCAGCGCAACGCAUCCCUGGAGGCUGUCAUGGGCCUGGAGAGCAGCAGUGAGCUCUUCACCAUCUCGGUCAACGGCGUUCUCUACCUGCAGAGCGGGCAGUACGCCUCUGUCUUCCUGGACAACGCCAGUGGCUCCCCCCUCACGGUGCGCAGCGGCUCGCACUUCAGCGCCAUCCUCCUUGGAGUGUGAGCUGCCACUCCGGGCCCUUCCUUUCGCCCAGUGAACAGAAGCGGGGUCCGAACAGUCUCUGGGCAAUGUAGGGGUGACGGAGGCCACAUGCAGGACGAAGCCCACUGAAGCCGCCCGUACCGGCCACUGCAGGUCAGCGCGGAGGGGACCAACUACCAGCAGCCCAGGGAGGGGACAUGCUAACUGGCAGUCCCGGAACCAGGAGUGAUUCCAGGAUGCCAGCUUUCAAAAGGAGAAGAGCCCUGUUGGGCUGUUAUUCAGCCAAUGUUUCUAGUGGGGCUCAGUGCCCAGGAGGACUUGCUUUGUUCCUGGCUGCAGACGGGUUCCCCUUCUGGCCUGUAGGGCAGCUCGCCCAGACAGCCUCAGGCUCUUUGCCUUGGCCCAGCCACACCUUUUCCAUCUUUUUAGUGUUCUCGUGGGCUGCCCGAAUGCCAGGAACGCCAGCACAGGGGGGAAAGGCUGGUCACCUACCUGGAUGCCCCGCGGGGAGGACCGGCAGCCUGCACUGGGCCAGAGAGCCUCCCAGGGAAAGCGUGCUGGGUCUCCACCUGGGGCUUCCUGGUCCCCACCUGCCCCUCCCCAACGGUGCCUGGGUCUGGACCUCCUGCAGGGACCACAGGACUCAAAGAGUUUCACGGCCCCUUGGCAUAGCAGUCUCAGGUGCCAGAGUGACACUGGAAAGGGGCUUAUGGGGGGACAGGGAGAGUCUUAACAUACGUGAUAGAACUCGUAAGUUCACCUUGCAGAUGGCCUUUGCAGAGCACCCUACGCUCCCCCCUCCGCUGUAAAGCCUGUCCUAGACAGGUCCCUCUUCCCAUCCCCCGUGAGGCUCUGACUCCCUGCUGGGAUCCACCCACCACAUGAAGGAUCUAGAACAUCUUUGCAGAUUAGAGAGGAGCAGGCCCUGCCCAUCCAUCUGAGCAGAUAAAGCAGAGGCUUCCCAUGAGCCAACGGCUCCCACUGCCCACCCGUGGCCCCACGGGGUCUAGCCGGCUCUGCGGUUCUUCCAAACAUCUUCCCCACUUGGGAAGACAUGCGGCCCUGAGCUCAGGUGGAGAAAAGACAGAUGGAGAUGAUGCCCAGAAAGCUGGUCUUCGUUCCCCAAGAUCUGGGUCCCGAGUCCCACCGUGAUGCUGUAGCAGUGGUGGGACCUGGGGGAGGGGGGUGGUCCUGUGGGGGGACACGGGCGUCCACCUGCAGCAGGUUCCUUGCAAGGUGUAGGUCCCUCCCCUCCCCCGCCCAGCGUGGCUGCAAGGCCCUGGUACCACAGGGUGUCCUGGAGGCCAGGCUGGUCCGACAGCAGUGUGUUCAGGCCUGGAGAGAAGAGGGCAGUCCCAGUCACCAGGACUGUCCAGCCGGCCUCAAGAGAAGCAGGUGAUCCGGGCCAGGUCCGACGGACCCCCUGGUGCCCCACACAAAGAACAGCCACGUGGUGUCCUUGGCGGACCUAGCAAUUCUCAGUAGGGCUCGGACCCACCCUACCGGGAAGCGCUGGCCCCCGUCCUGCCUCUCCUCGUGCUCUGAUAAGGUCUGCUGGGGCCACACCCUUCUCUGGAUUUCACUUUGCACCCAAUGGACACAGAUACUUUGAGGAAGUUCUCUUACACCCUUGAAAAAGCCACAGAUCUUUCCUUUUCUCAACUUAAGUGUAUUUACCACAAUUUGUUGAAGUAUUUAUUGUGUAAUAUUGCCAGAUGGAAUAUAUUUAUAUGUGUAACUGGA